CCACAGCGAGACGAAGCCCCGCGGCCGCUGCAGCAACAGGCGGCCGGCUGAGCUCGCGGGCGGAGGCGGCGCGGGAGGCGGCGCGGGAGCCGGCAGCGCGAGGAGGGGCGCCGGGGCCCGCUGCAGCCGCCCGGCCCCCGCCGCAUGGAAGAGCGUCUCAGCCUGCUGAGCUCGCCGCCGCCGCCCGCCGCCCGGCACCGCGCCCACCCUCCCCAGCGCCCAGCCGGCGGCGGCGCCGGCACCCUGGUGAACCCGGGCUACGCCGAGUCCGCCGUGGGCCCCGAGCUGCCGCCCGACAUGACCGUGGUGCCGGGGGACCACCUGCUGGAGCCGGAGGUGGCCGACUGCGGCGGGGACCCGCCUGAGGGCGGCUGCGGCGGCGGCGGCGGCGGCGGCUGCGACCGAGACCGCGACCGCUACGAGCCGCUGCCGCCCGCGCUGCCGGCCGCCGGCGAGCAGGACUGCUGCGGGGAGCGCGUGGUGAUCAACAUCUCGGGGCUGCGCUUCGAGACGCAGCUCAAGACCCUCUGCCAGUUCCCCGAGACGCUGCUGGGCGACCCCAAGCGGCGCAUGCGGUACUUCGACCCGCUCCGCAACGAGUACUUCUUCGACCGCAACCGGCCCAGCUUCGACGCCAUCCUCUACUACUACCAGUCCGGGGGGCGCAUCCGCCGGCCGGUCAACGUGCCCAUCGACAUCUUCUCCGAGGAGAUCCGCUUCUACCAGCUGGGCGAGGAGGCCAUGGAGAAGUUCCGCGAGGACGAGGGCUUCCUCCGGGAGGAGGAGCGCCCGCUGCCCCGCCGCGACUUCCAGCGCCAGGUGUGGCUGCUCUUCGAGUACCCGGAGAGCUCCGGGCCGGCCCGGGGCAUCGCCAUCGUGUCCGUGCUCGUCAUCCUCAUCUCCAUCGUCAUCUUCUGCCUGGAGACGCUGCCCGAGUUCCGCGACGAGAAGAGCUACUUCUCGGCGUCGGCGUCCCAGGAGCUGGUGGACGCGGCCAGCAACAGCACCUCGGGGGCCCGGGCCGGGACCUCCAGCUUCUCCGACCCCUUCUUCGUGGUGGAGACGCUGUGCAUCAUCUGGUUCUCCUUUGAGCUGCUGGUGCGCUUCUUCGCCUGUCCCAGCAAAGCCACCUUCUCGAGAAAUAUCAUGAACCUGAUAGACAUCGUGGCCAUCAUCCCUUACUUCAUCACUCUGGGCACGGAGCUGGCAGAGCGCCAGGGCAACGGACAGCAGGCCAUGUCCCUGGCCAUCCUGAGGGUCAUCCGGCUGGUGCGGGUCUUCCGCAUCUUCAAGCUGUCCCGCCACUCCAAGGGGCUGCAGAUCCUGGGGCAGACGCUGAAGGCCUCCAUGCGGGAGCUGGGGCUGCUCAUCUUCUUCCUCUUCAUCGGGGUCAUCCUCUUCUCCAGCGCCGUCUACUUCGCCGAGGCAGACGACCCCACUUCACGGUUCAGCAGUAUCCCGGAUGCCUUCUGGUGGGCGGUGGUCACCAUGACGACCGUAGGCUACGGGGAUAUGCACCCAGUGACCAUAGGGGGCAAGAUCGUGGGGUCGCUCUGUGCCAUCGCCGGCGUCCUGACCAUCGCGUUGCCGGUCCCGGUGAUUGUGUCCAACUUCAACUACUUCUACCACCGGGAGACGGAAGGGGAAGAGCAAGCCCAGUACAUGCACGUGGGGAGCUGCCAGCACCUGUCCCCUUCCGCCGAGGAGCUCCGGAAAACACGGAGUAACUCGACUCUGAAUACCCGAAGAGCCCCACGCACAGAGAGGCCAGGCUGCCCUGACCAGCGGGACGCCCGGCUUCCCACUGCCUCGCUCCAGGAUGCCGCGGUGGAUCCGUGGCCGACGGGGUGGCCCGUCUGCCAGUGUCUUUUGUUUCCGUGGACGUUGAAUAACGUGUCUCUAACAAGUGCGUUCUGUAAAGGAAAUAGCUCUGGAGACUUUCUCCAAGUUGUGUGCUCUAUGAAAGAUAUUCAUCAAGAGGUCAAGAAUGUUAAAACUAUUAGGGUAUCAUUCCAGCCCUUUGACAUUUUGAUGAAACCCAAUGAUCCCAAAACAUAUCAGUAUUGCUGAGAAAGAAAACCUAAAUGUUCGUUUCCCACAGGCCCUGUACCGCUGUUUUCCUCCUUACAGCUGAUGGCUGGAGUCCGCUGCAUCACAAGAUACGUUCACGUUACCUUCUGUGUUCUGGGUUGUGUGCGCCCGUAUCUGUAAAGCUGUGUUUCGUACCAAAGGCUCUCCUACGUAGAUUAGCACAUUGACACGUGAGUAAGCGAGGUCUGCACUGUGCCAGGUAAACGAUGUGGAAGACAGACUUGCCUAAAAGCAAUGUGCCUUGCUUGAUUCCACAUUCUUUUCUUUUUUAAUGAAAAAUGAUAGAUUUGCAAAUUAAUCUUGUAGGCAGGUGUGAGCUGAGUUUAACUUUAAAAAAAAGGUUAUGAGGGCUUACGAUAUGUUUAAGUUGUCUUUGUGAACUAAAAUUUAACAUUGAGUUACGCUUUUUGACAGUUUAUACAUAAUAGAGUCAUUCAGUUCAGUUUCCGUGCCAUGUUCGGGGAGGCGAGACAAAGCACAUUCUUGAAGAUGUAUACAGUAUUUCAUCUAAUGUUGGUAGAAGUCCUAUCAAAAUUAUAUAGGGAAGAGGUUUCUUGAUUCAUUUUCUAUUUUUAUAUUCUUUUAGAAAGGAAAGGUUUUUUUUUCAACGCACAAAUCAAUGUUUCAGUUGGGGAAGAGAUGGAGGAGGCUGUGAAGGUGAUGCCCCAUUUGGGGACAUUUCACUACUGUGCCAUUACUAAUGUCCAGACUGUGACGUUUCAGCAGAAUGGUAGCUAUUCGUAUAUUGCUUAAUAAGCCUUAUGGAAAGCCAAACUGUGAACCUUUAGUGUAAAGAAGACUUUUUCUCAUGUCCAUAUUUUAUUUCCAAAAUAUGCCUGAGCAAAUGCAUAAGCAACCGGUCUCCUGUUACACAAAUGCACGACAAUGCUAGGUUGCAACAAGAGCACUUGUAGAAUUUUAAUUACUAUCCAAAUGUUUUGGUAGCAAAGCCAAGAUUAUAAUACUUUUUGAUGGCCUGUGGAAGGAAAUCAGGCGAUGAGUUCCAUUGUUAAUAUGUAGGAAUCAGUUACUGACACAAACGUGUAUCUAUCAGCAGUAAAACAGAUGAAUCGGAGAGACAAUCCAGGUAACUUUCUUUGGAGGCAAGGUCUACAUUGAGCUUUACACAACUUGCUGGUAAUUUCUCUGUGGUCAAAACUAGGAGACCAAAUCACUCCAGGAAAAAGCGAAGCCAAAGAGUGGUAACCAUCUCCGAUGUGAGCCAUGUGCACCUCCAAUGUGGAUGAUUUGUAAAAAUGUAGCCGCCGCCACACUUUUCUUCUGUGUUGGCCCAUGUAGUAGAGACACCGGCCCAGAGAACCAUCCAUCCAUCGCAGCCACUGGGGUUCUCAUCAUGGUCAACAGGGAAGUGAUUCACAUCAGCUAUCAGGAUGAUUGACAUACGUCAAUCACCUGCCCUACGGGAGUUCUUAGACAUACAGAUGUUUUCAUAAGGACCUGUAAGCAUCACAGAAAUCAGCACCAACCCUACCUUCCUCAAACACCAAUGCCAACUUCAAGCAUGAUGAUACAUUUAGUAUCAUUUCUGCUUUGUUAAUACAGCCUACCGUUUCAACUAAAGACAAAACCGGGACUUUUGCUAUAAAAGUACAGAAUGAUACCAGAUGAAUAAGCUGCCAUAUCUGAUAUGAUUCACUGAAUGGGUAGUAAGAAUAGUAUCGGUCUAGAUAUGAGGAGGCCAGAAUUCUUAACCACAUUCCACUUGUGGGACCCUUGGGCAGUCACCAUGGCGAGGCUUCCGUCCCCUGCGUGGCCUAAUGGGUGUGCUGGCUCGAACAACCCCAAAGCCCUUGUCCAGCCUGCGGAUCCUCCUCACUCGCAUUUGAAAAGGCUUUGACUACUCAUGUGCUCGGAUGUUCUGACGUAUUUCUGAAAGAGAAAAAAUGGAAAUCAGACUUAGCCUCGAAAGGGUCCUAUCAUCCAUCAGAUGGAUGGUGCAAAGGAAAUGGGAUUUUUUCUUCUCCUGUAACAAUUGUCAUGUGAGUCUGUAAUGGGACCGUGAGGAGGCAGACAAACCACCCUGCAGGAUGGGAACAGGUGAAUGGCAUCGCUGGGAAGGAGGGGAAGUCAUCUGUCCCGCUUCAUUAGAUGUGAAGCUGACUGAAACCAUAUGCGGGACGCACAAACGGGCCCGGAGCUCUGCGGCACACGCAGCGUGCGUGGUAAUCCUGGGAGCGGGGGCAGGUGGGGAGAGGCUGGGGGCGGGGGGCGGGGUAGGAGUGUUUGCCUUAAGGUCUCUUGACUCUCUUUGCACACGAAGCAGUUUGGCGCGAAGCACAGGUCUGCCACGGACUCUCCUGGGCCCUAGGAAAGUCCCUCUGCCGGCCCUGAGCACCCGUUUCCUCAUCUGCACAGUGAAGACUUUCCACUUAGUCAUCGGGGUGUUUCUGUACCCCUUUGACAGUGCUGAGCGGUUUCAGACUGUGAGAACACGCGUGCGUUGCAGCACACCCGGCUCCCCUGCAGUCACGGAAUGCCACCACCGCUGCUCGCCUGACCGAACAGCCUGCAAGUCCGACAUUGCUGUUUCCAGUACUGCCCGCUGACCUCAGCGAGAUGAAAAAAAUGGGAACCUCGCUUUUCGUUUGGACCGUGGUUUGCUUAUUAUGUUGAGCCUUUCAUCUGCGAACGCUCAUUACCUAAGCAAAAUGUCCAUUUAAGGGAUGAACCUUCUAUUUACACUUUUGUUUUGUAAUAAACACUUAGCAAGUCAGAAUUAAAUAUGUGAUGCCUGCCAAUGACCUGUGGCUGAUGGCAAGGUACCUUUCUGUCACGUUGCAAAGUGAAUACCCUUUUGGUCCCAGAAGCAAUGGCUACAAUUCAAAAUAAUAUUCACAAGUUUUGCCAAUUUGUGUGAAUACAAAUGAGGCCCAAUAGAGCCAUAUCACAAUUAAUUUUGCUCAGGAGUGAGAAAUCAAAUUCAGGGAAAACCCAAACGCUUUUGUUUGGCCUCAGUGGCCAGUUGGGAAUCGAAGGGGUGUAGGUUUUGUACCACAUAGAUAAGAGAGAAUUAUACCUAUCGAAGAAACAAGAGUAUAUUCUGGUUGCUGGUUUUAUGGUAGAGAUGGGAAUAGAAAGGUAUUAAAUUAUGGACACUGAGGAAAUUGGUAAUGAAACAAAAACGGUCCAUUUGGAUAAUACAGAAGUCUUUUAUCGUGCUGAGGUGGUUUGUCCAGUGUAGUCUUACACCCCCCCCACCCCCGUUCAGCGAAGGGGGCUGUUCCUCAAGGCCUCCCGCAGAACAGGAAAGGUGUAUGCUGACCAGUGGAGCAGUUCGCUGACCCAUUCCAGCCGAUCACCUCGGUUUUGUGACUCCGCAUUUCCACCUUCGGUGUAGUUGAAUCUCUUGUGUCUCCGUGUUAGUGAUCUUUGCGAGAGGUAACUUGACCCAUUUUUUUUAACGUUGGUAAAACUCACUAAAUGGUGAUUCUAGCCUGUGGUGUUAAUGCUGCAUCUUCCAGCAACGUGUGAACUGACCACACCGAGCAAAACCAUAGCAGUGUCCGUUGUGCUACCUUGUCCCCAUGGUGUGAUCUCUUAAUGCUGGGUGUGGGGUGGGGAGCUUCAGUGUUUAGUUCACUUAAAACUGUUGUCAACAUGUGUUUCCUAAACGCCGUAGAAUUGUAUGAUUACAAACCAAAUAGGAAUAUUCUCUUGUUUAGUUUCAAUGUUAAGGUAACUGUACAGACCAUUUUUUGAACUGCCUCACAAAAUGGUAUCAUUUUCAUUUCAAAGUUUCUACAUAUAUAUAUACAAGGGAAAGCCAACUGUGUGUAUCAUGUUUCUAUGUAAGACGCUCCAUGCAAUAAACUCCAUUUUUGAAAUCUUAUACAAAUAGAUAGCAAUUAUGCAGAUGGCAGAAUAACAAACACACUUGAAUUUUUUCGUAGCAGUGUCUAACAUUUAUUUUCUCAUACUUUGCAAAGAUUGUUUAAUAUUUUAUUUUUACACAUUUUAUUUAAUCUUGAAAGUAUCUAUUUGAAAUCGUAAGACCAUCUGAAGUUUAGAGAUCGGACAGCCAAGGUCUUUAGAAAGAUCAGGUGGCUUUCCCACAGCCAGCGAGUGGCUCUGAGUGUCGUGUACUUCACACUGUUCGCCUUCUGCCAUUUUUCCCUGUCACCGCCCUUUUCUGCACCUCAACUGAGUUCCAUGUGUCCAUGGGGACAUUUCAGGUUUUAUCUACAGGGCAAUGUUGCUGUCCAUGCCAGGGCUCGUUCGAUCCUUCCGAAAGGCAGGCCUUCCGCAGGGUGACAGCCCGACACUCCCCAUCGGGUGCCAUCGGGUGCUCGGCCCACGCGCACGCCCUGGCCACGGACACUCAGUCCCGGUGACGUCAGAAUG